AUGUGGAAGCUCAUAUCACAUAUCGAAUCGGGUCAAUGUUACAAGUUUAACGUAAAAGACCUCGAAGAACUGCGAGAGAAGAAACUCGCCUUCUCUCGCCGUCUUCUGUUGAAGAAUUGGGACACUGCGGAGCCAUCCGUUUUAGAAGCCCUCAUUGCCAAAUCAAAUGGUCCAUCUUCAAGGAAUACCAUACCAGAGACACAAUAUCAACAACCAUACGAACCACAAGGGCCCUCAGUCGUGCCGGGUUCGUCCAAACCUGAAGCCGUGUCGCUGGUCGGAACUUUUGGUAGUUGGCACACUGCCCCAGUCCCUUCGCCAACUUUGCCACCCAAAGCCGAGCCACCUCGAAAAUCCAUGCCAAAGCCAUUUCAAGACGUUCAAAUUGACGUUGAGGGCUGUUACUGUGAGCUAAGCGGUCGAUAUGUCUGCCCAAGGGCCUCUUGCCAAAGGGUAUUCAAAACAGCCAAACAGCUUCUCAAACAUCUUCAAUCUCCGGCCCACAGCGGAGUUUCUUUCAAUUGCCCCCGAUGCUUGCGAACCUUCAAGUCACUUACAGAGAUUGUCAGCCAUGUUGAACUCUCUGGCCCAACUUGUCCAAUUCGAAGCACAGAUGACUUUGGUGCAUAUCUUGAUUUUCUCACGGGUGGCCUUUUGGAAGUUUGUAAAGAAAGUUUCCCAGAUGAGACGUUAAAAUACGCCGUUUCCAAGGAUGUUCAGGAAUUGUUCCGCAUCCAGCAUCAGACUGAGCCCGCAAUUGACCCAAGCGAAGACUUGAUUCAGUGGUAGUUUGUUUUGCUUAUCACCAUUACCAACCACAAAACCGCAUAAAAGUCUCACUGAAUAAUCCAAUUACUCUAUUUAUCUUAUAAAUCUAUUCGAUACCGUUUUUUCUCGUUCUAUAAUCACAAACCGGUGCAGUCUGGCUCAUGGUGCAGAUGAUGGUAAGCUUCUAGGGUAUGAAGCGAGGUUACGCGUCUAUCCGAAUGACAAUGAAGCACGCGGCUCACAAAGUGAUUUGAGACUGAAAGAAACAAAUUCCACAGAGAACUUGAUCUAUCUCGCUUUAAGCGAUAUUUCUUUUCAACGCUUUUAUUUCAUCAUAUAGUUCGGGCUGCUGUAAGUCGAACGUCAGUGCC